GGCGGGGGGCGUUGGGGAAGCCGCGGCCUGGACCGGGACCCACAGCGGCGGCUCCACCUGGGGCAGGGCUCUGACCCGCACUCGGCCUGCGGUGUGCACGUCUAGUAGGAGACAAUCACUAAUUGCCUGCUGACUAGAUCGUCAAACAAAAUUCUGAUGACGCAGCUGGCUCUAAUUAUUGUCAUUCCUUUGCAGGCCAAGUAUCCCAAAUAGAGUCUGGCAUAGAGAAGUCAAUAGAUGCUUGUGGAAUUGAAUCAGCAUGGACAUGAAGACAGGCAGAGAGCAGGGAGCAGGAGAGGGAGACACAGACUCCUCAAGCACACUCGGCCCCAAGUGCAGAGCCUGCCAGGGGCGGGUUCCCAGGAUGCUGAGGCCAUGACCUGAGCCACAACCAAGAGUCAGAUGCUAAGUGACAGAGCCGCAGGCGUCAAGCCCCGUGUUCCUGCUGUGGGCACUCCUGCCCCCCCCUUCCCCCCCCCCCCCGUCCCCUGCAGCCACUGAGAGCUCGGGCUUUGGUCUGCGCUCCAACUCCCAGGUGGUCUGGAGGCUACAGUGCAGGCUGCACGUCUCCUCUGUCCCACCUCAGGCUGAAAGGGCCUCAGCCCUGAGAAGGAAUCAGAUCUGCCCAACCACCCCCAGCCGGAGGGAGCUGCUGGAGCAGCAGGUAGAAGAACUGGUGCCUGCCUUGCUGCGCUUGGACAAUCCGUUCCUAUUUGAAUUCCUAAAUGUUUUGGAGGAAUAUGGCACCCCUGAAGAGGUGCUGGACCUGCUGUUUGCAAAGUGAGCACCCUGACUCCACAGCCCAGGGGGAUGGGCCACCUACUGGUUGGGAGUCUUGGGGAAUGUUCCUGACCUUCCCGGCCCCUGGGGCUGCUCCUCCGACUGGAGUAGAGUCACGCAGGGCCUAGUCGGGUCCCGCAGGGCAGCCCCCGGGCCUGGCCUGUGACAGGUCGGCUAGAGGGGCUGUGCUUGUGCUCAGCAGUCGUCGUUCUGUCCCCAUGACGAAGCCUGUGCCGCCUCCCCACCAUCACCAGGGUCUUGAGCUGGCCUGUUUUACCAUGGAAAGGGAGUUUUGAGUCCAUCUGGGGUCUGUAUCCUGGGGCAUUCGCAGUAGGGGUCCCCGGGGACACCGGGGCGCCCAGGCCCACUUGGAUAUCGGCCAUGGGCCUGGCCGGAGCCCUUUCAUUCCUCAAGCAUUCAGGAAGCGCCAGCAGGUGCAGGUGCUUCUCCAGGAGCUGCCCAUGACCCCACGCACAGAGCUGACGGCCCCCCAGGGCUCCGGACUAGUCAGAGGUCAGAGGGUGACAGCAGCUAUGAGGAGAGAUCGGGUCCACAGGACGAUUCCUGUGAUGACCCCCGCCCUCCUCUGGAUAUCGAUGCAUUGUAGCUUCCUGCAAGAAGGAAGGAAUCCUGGACCAGUGAGAAAUGUGAGUGAGCCCUGGCUCAUGCAGGGGAGCCUUCCCUCUCCAGGAGGGCCGCAAGGCGGCUGUGGGCUGGAGGGGCUGCUGGACCCUCACCCCACAAGUCUGCAAUUCCUGUGACAGGGUGAAGGUCUAAUGGGUCCUUUGAGAAAAGAGGAAAGGAGAGCUGUGGAUGGGAUACGGGCUUUGUGGGAGAGCACUGGGACCUCUAAUGGAGUCCUUCUCCACACCUGCCCCCUUCAAAGCCCUCUGUCUCCCCGCCACCUGGGACCCAGAGCAGAGGGUGUGGGGAGCAUCGCACUCACCAAUCUGGUGGCACCUGGACCCAGGUGCACGGCAGGUGCUCAGGAGGGCCAGUGAGUGCUCACGGACCAGACGGCCCCCGCCCCGUGGGAGAUUAGAGUCAGUGGAAGGACACCCCCUGGGGGCCCCUCGUGAGUGAGGCAGGGCAGACCCACGGGAGGGAAGGUUCCCCGGGAAAGACAGUGAUGGUCACGCCGCUGGUCAUGGGCUCCCACGCACAGAGGCUUCGUGCCAGCCCUUCCUCAGUGAGCAGGGCUGUGGCAGGCAGGACCACCAGGUGGCAGGUGGACAAGGAGCAGCACUGGCCUCCAACAGCCCCAUGUGGGAGGCCGAGGGCCCCAGUUCCUGCAGGGCUUCCCCAGGACACCUUGGUGUGAGGGAGCCCUGUCAUCCAAUGCCUCUGCCCAUCCGUACCUCCAGCUCCAUCUCCUGCAUCCUGGACAUCUGGCUGGACUACUUUCGGGAGGAUUUCAUCAGCCACCGGAAUUUCUCUCCCUGAGGAAGCUGCUGGCAUUCAUGGGGCUCAACACGCCAGGCUCAGACCUGGAAAACCGGGCCCAACGUUACCUGGAGCUCGUGGAAUUAGACGAUGAGGAUGAGGAGGACUGGGGUGGCCGAGCUGGGGACAGGAUGGGCCACACAGACCCAGCCUCCAUGCAGCUGGGCCGGGAGCACAGGGUAGGCUCACACCCCAUCCCCAUGGGCUGCAGUUUGGGGAGACCUCCCAGGGCUCUUGCACUCACACACCUUGAAUGGUGGGAAGAGUGUCCUUGAUUUGAGAGGGACGUGGAAAGUGUGUCCUGGUGAUGAUACUUUGUCUUCUUGGGGCUAUAGCUUCGGACCCCGAGCAACACCCUGAACCACCUCAGGAGCCCACCCCAGCUCUGACUGUGGGGCCUUCUGAAGCUUCUGGGCCUGAUCUGUUCAAGCCGGGAAUGGCUGCUAGAGCUGAGUGUAUUGCCCGAGUCAAGAUGCAAGCUGCUGAGUCAAAGCCAAUGCACGUGGUGGUCAAACCUUUGACUCAGUGUCCCGACUUGGAGGAGCCACCUGCACCCUUGGCUGACCUGGAUGAGGAGCAGGCCCCAGAGCCUGCAAUCAAGCUCCUGGAAGUGCCGGAGCAGCCACCUGUCUCAGUGGAGCAAGUAGCCUCCGCCCCAGAGCAAUAUCCUGAACCACCUCAAGAGCCCGGCGCAGCUCCUACCUCAGGGCCUGCUGAAGCAUCAGAGCCAGAGGUGAUCGAGCCGGUCUUGGCUGCUGGAGUGGAGUGCUUGCGAGGAGGCGAGAUGGCACCUGCUGAUUCGAAGCCACUGCAGGUGUUGGUCACACCUCUGAUUCACUGUCUGACCCGGAGGAGCCACCUGCACCCUUGGCCCCUCCAAAAGGUGGAGCAGGCCUCAGUGCCCCCUCUUGAGUUCGUCGAAGGGCCGGAUCAGCCACCGGCCUCAGUGGAGCCACCAGCCUCGUCCCCCGAGCAACAGCUCGUGAUGGCUGCAGCACAACUGAAACCUUCCCCUCCCCUCUCGUGUGCUGUUUCUGUAUUUUGUGUUUUUCAUAAGCCUCUAUAAUUGCGUCAUGAGUUUUGUUUGUAAUA